GCGGCUGGCGCGCCUGCGCAGAAGAAAGGAGAGCGCUUCUGAGGGCGCUCGUCUGAGGAGGGACCGGCGCCGCCGGACGGAGGGUCGGACGGAGGAAGGAAGGACGAGCCUCGUCCGUCUUCGCGGGCCAUGAGCGCCGCCGCCCUGGUUUCUCCCGCGCUGCCCCCGGGGCCUCCGCUGCCACCGCCGCCUUCCACGCUGGCCCCGGGAGCCGGAGCAGCCGCCGCCGCCGCCGCCGAGAGCUAUGAGGAGGAGGAGCUGGAGAGCCCCGCCGAGGAGGAGGACGGCGAGCGCAGCGGACGCGCUCGGGAUUCAGAUGAGGAUACGGAAGAUGCCAGUGAAACCGAUCUGGCGAAACACGAUGAGGAAGAUUACGUAGAGAUGAAGGAGCAGAUGUACCAGGAUAAAUUGGCGUCACUAAAAAGGCAGCUGCAGCAGCUACAGGAAGGUACCUUACAAGAAUAUCAGAAAAGAAUGAAGAAGCUGGAUCAGCAAUACAAAGAGAGGAUUCGCAAUGCAGAGCUUUUUCUUCAGUUGGAAACCGAGCAGGUGGAACGAAACUACAUCAAAGAGAAAAAAGCAGCUGUGAAGGAGUUUGAGGAUAAAAAGAUCGAGCUGAAGGAGAGCUUGAUCGCGGAGUUGGAAGAGAAGAAGAAGAUGAUUGAGAGCGAGAAGCUCACCAUGGAACUGACAGGAGAUUCCAUGGAAGUGAAGCCAAUCAUGACUAGGAAGCUGCGGAGGAGGCCCAACGACCCGGUGCCCAUUCCCGACAAAAGGAGGAAACCAGCUCCAGCGCAGCUCAAUUAUCUCCUAACAGAUGAGCAGAUAAUGGAAGAUUUGAGGACACUCAAUAAGCUUAAAUCGCCUAAAAGACCAGCAUCCCCUUCCUCGCCCGAGCAUCUUCCAACGACGCCUGCAGAAUCCCCCGCCCAGCGAUUUGAGGCACGGAUAGAAGACGGGAAGCUUUACUACGAUAAACGAUGGUAUCACAAGAGCCAGGCUAUUUACCUGGAAUCAAAAGAGAACACCAAAAUCAGUUGCGUGAUCAGCUCGGUGGGAGCCAACGAGAUCUGGGUGAGGAAAACCAGCGACAGCACCAAAAUGAGAAUCUACCUUGGGCAGCUCCAGCGAGGCGCUUUUGUGAUCCGCCGGCGAUCCGCAGCUUGACUGUCGUUUUUUUUCCCCCCCGGCAGACCCUCGUAUUCAGGACAAUCAUCCGUCUGCGAGAUGUGUGGUUGCGCCCCGUAGGUGUGAUUAGGCCAAGAAAACCCAAAACCAAACCAUAAUUCUUCCCUUCUUUGGAAGUGUGUCUCCACCCGCUGCGUGUGGAACGCCCCGCUGCCCGGACUGAUUAGUUUUGUUUUCGCCGUCUCGUGGUCUCCAAGGUUCAGAAGGACCGCCGGGUUUUUUUUUCCCCCUCGUCUUCCCAUUAUUUCAUUCUGUCGUAAACGGUUUCCGUCGCGGACAAAAGCUGGUGCGGCAGGUUGGAAGAAGCUCAGCCAACCCUCCGGCGAAGCGGAGGGACGGCAAAACGUCGCCAGGAGGAAAAAGUGACAGCGUUGCAACGCGUAAAAAGGCAUCGGCGUGCCGAGAAACAGCUGGGAAUUCUCAGAACUUGCCUUGGCGCCCCCCUGGAUUUUGCGUUAUUUAUACGGAAAGGGGUUUCACAUAUUUUCUUGAUUUAAGCCCAAGCUGCGUUCAGAGCUUGGCGUGGUUUUUCCGUUCUCGGAAGAUGGACAAACACGGGGGGCGGGGGGGGCUUUUCUUUUUGGUGGGUUUCCCCCCCUCCCAAUCCCCGCAAAGGAAGGCUCUUCAGCUUAGCGGCGAGGCUGAUUGUAUCCACCUUUCAGGCUGGCUCAAAAAAAACUUUGUUCGCAUCGUUUGAGGGGCCUUGACUUUGUGCAUGCAAGUCGACUUCUCCUCUGACUGCAGCCCACCCCCCACCCCCACCCUCUCCCCCAAAAUGUAAAUAGUAAGAGAGUAGAGUUUGGAUGCAGACUGAAAGCACAGGCUGAGUUUCCCAGCCUUGUACUGUUUUUAUGACACGUUGCUCCCCGAAUAUUUUUUAUCUCUC